AAAAGAAGCCGGAAAUAGAAGCUUUGACCGGAAUUGCUAUUUGCUUCUAUUAUUGGUAGCAAUGCCGGUGUCUGAUGUCUACGCUGCCGUUUGGGGCCAUCGCCUUGUUUGUAUACUCAGUUUGCUCUCCUUAUGUAGUGCCGACACAGAUAUAGUGAGCCCCGGCUCUAACGGCGAUAAGUUCAAGGUGGAGGGUCGAGCUGUGGUUCCAGGUGUCAGGCCACAGGAUUGGGUGAGCAGUGCCAGGGUCUUAGUGGAUGGCGAGGAACAUAUCGGUUUUCUCAGGACUGAUGGGAGUUUUGUAGUACAUGAUGUGCCUUCUGGUUCUUAUGUAGUAGAAGUGGUUUCUCCAGCUUACCGCUUUGAACCUGCCAGAGUUGAUAUCACUUCCAAAGGCAAAAUGAGGGCCAGAUUUGUCAAUCACAUUAAAACAUCAGAGGUUCUUCGCCUUCCUUAUCCUCUUCAACUGAAAUCCAACGGCCCCCCAUCCUAUUUCAUAAAGCGAGAGACCUGGGGAUGGACAGACUUUCUCAUGAAUCCAAUGGUAAUGAUGAUGGUGUUGCCCCUUCUGAUCUUUGUGUUGCUGCCUAAAGUUGUGAACACCAGUGAUCCUGAAAUGAGACGGGAAAUGGAGCAAUCUAUGAACAUGCUGCACUCCAACCCAGAACUCCCAGAUGUCUCUGAAUUCAUGACAAGACUUUUUACGUCAAAAUCCUCCAGCAAAUCAAGCAGUAGUGGAAAAACUGGCAAAAGUGGAGUUGGAAAGAGAAGGUAGUGCAAGGUACCCAAGGCCUUCGUACAGUCUGCUCCCUUGGAAUUCUGUGAUUGCAGAAUGCACGACUCACCUCUGCGGCCAGUAAACAUCAGGACUUUUUUUUUCGGUUUAACACCCACUAGUUCUUUGCCACCCUUAGGAACGGUUGGUCGGAUUUGGGUCCCAGUUGCAUGAAAUAUGUCUUUUAAAUAAUAUAUCUGAUUAUGUUACUUUUCUAGAGUAAUUUAAUUUAUUUGCACAUUUUCAUUUGCGAGAGAUUUAAGGAUUAAUAAAUGACCACUUGUCAGGGUUUGCAUUUACUAAGUCUAUCUGUCUUUUCUCAUAUUAUUCCGUAGAUUCAUUCUUUCUUUUUAUUAUCUCCAUUUGUUAAGUGAAGCUUCACUUGAAACCCAUACGUUCCCUGUUUUAAGUAAUUUAAAGAAUGGUUUAGUAAAUAGCUCCACUGAAAAUUAUUUUGCAGAGUUGUUUUGCAGAUGCACAAAGUCAAAAGAAAGGUUUGUAGAAUUUCACAGGGACGAAAGUGGCGCACAGAUGCAUGCCGAGCACAGAGAUUGGUGAUCAUGAAAGUUGCAUGUAAUUCUGCAGCUAUAAUCUUUAAUCAGAAUUGAUGUUUUUAAUGUAUUUGAUGUUUAUUGGGAUGACACCUGCAAUGUAUAUCUUUUUACUUUGAUGCAGUAACUUAAAAAUAGGAAGCUGCUUCAGCAAUGUGUAGCUUAAUCAAUGGUUAGAACAUCUGUGUCCAUCUGGUAAUCUAUGCUCUAAAUGAUAUGUUGUAAGUUAAUAAAAUAGAAAAAAAAGCUUUAAA